GACAUAUUUUUUCUGUCAUCGUGAAUUCUUGUGUCAUUCGCAUUUGUAAUACCAAAAUUUUUAUCGCAAUCGCAAAAUAAAAUAAAUUAUUUUGGUAUUUUAACAAAAUGAUGUUUGCUUCUUCACAUACCUUGCCACCGUUUUACUUAACAAGUAUCGGUCGAAAACCACACUACUAUUCAGCUCGCAAGAAUUCUACCCAAUUUUCACAAAAAAACAUUCGAGAUUACCAAAAGACCGUCCUCGACGAACUUGUUUCAAUAUUGAACAAAUCGCGUGCAAGUAUUCUAAACAUUGCCACUCAUAAUGCUUGUGUGAAAACAUUCUUCGAAAAGGGCAGACUAAAUCGAGUUCUUGAGGAUGUCGAAAUGUCCUUGAAACAUAUCGAUGCGAAUAUCAUUGCAAAACAAAUCGCCAGUAAUGGAAAAAAUUCAAAACACCUAAUGAGUGUUACUGUGAGUACAGGAAUUUCAGAUGUUAAAUGCUUGUUAAAUAAAAGAAGAGGAUUCAAUUCUAAUUACGAAAUCAAAUUUGUUCGACACUUUAAGACUGAUAGAUCAAUUGAGGCAGAGGCCAAAAGGAAUCCUUCUCUAAUUGCAAGAAUACGAAAUUCUCUUGGUGGAUCUUCAAACAAGUAUGAGCCUUCAAUUGCUGUUCAUACAGAAACUUUGACAAAACUUCUCAAAAAUACAAGUGAACAUGGCCUUCAAAAAGAUGGGGAGAAAAAUAUCAAACUUGCGUUUGCUGAAGGUUACCUGGCGGCCUUGAACACAGACGAAACUAACAAAUCUGGAAAAACCAUGAAGUAUUUAAAGGUAUUUCAACAACUCCUUAUAAUAGUUGUGUUUUUAGGCAUAUUAGUAAGCCUCUUUUCAUCGUCCAGUGGAUCAAUGUUUAGAAUUCAGCUGGGAAAUCAAGUAGAAGUAGAUCCAGAGGAGAUUAAUGUCACUUUUGAAGAUGUUAAAGGCUGCGACGAAGCCAAACAAGAACUGAAGGAAGUUGUCGAAUUCUUGAAAAACCCUGAUAAGUUCUCUAAUCUUGGUGGGAAACUUCCAAAAGGUGUGCUAUUAGUUGGACCACCCGGCACUGGAAAAACUUUGCUUGCACGUGCAGUAGCUGGAGAAGCGAAUGUUCCAUUUUUCCAUGCAGCGGGACCAGAGUUUGAUGAGGUGUUAGUAGGUCAAGGAGCACGUAGAGUUCGAGAUUUAUUCAAGGCCGCAAAAGCAAGGGCACCCUGUGUAAUAUUUAUUGAUGAAAUAGAUUCCGUUGGCGCGAAGCGAACCAAUUCAGUCUUGCACCCUUACGCCAACCAGACUAUUAAUCAGCUUCUCUCUGAAAUGGAUGGAUUCCAUCAAAACGCUGGCGUUAUUGUCUUGGGAGCAACAAAUCGUAGGGAUGAUCUUGAUCAAGCACUUUUAAGACCUGGCCGUUUUGAUGUAGAGGUUGUAGUAUCAACACCUGAUUUUACUGGGCGUAAAGAAAUUUUGUCUCUCUAUUUGUCUAAAAUCUUACAUGACGAAAUCGACAUAGAUAUCCUUGCACGAGGAACGUCAGGCUUUACUGGAGCUGAUUUAGAAAACAUGAUAAAUCAAGGAGCUCUAAGAGCUGCGAUAGACGGUGCAGAAUCUGUGACUAUGAAACAUUUAGAAUCGGCGAGGGAUAAAGUUCUUAUGGGUCCGGAACGUAAAGCCAGGCUACCAGAUGAAGAAGCGAAUCUCAUUACAGCUUACCAUGAAGGCGGACACGCUAUUGUAGCCUAUUACACGAGGGAAUCGCAUCCGUUGCAUAAAGUUACCAUAAUGCCUAGAGGACCUUCUCUUGGUCAUACAGCAUACAUCCCAGAAAAAGAACGUUACCACGUUACAAGGGCUCAACUUUUGGCCAUGAUGGACACAAUGAUGGGUGGCCGAGCAGCUGAAGAGCUUAUAUUUGGAAUUGAUAAAAUAACAUCUGGAGCAAGUAGUGAUUUGAAACAAGCGACUUCAAUUGCAACGCAUAUGGUAAAAGACUGGGGAAUGUCGGAAAAAGUAGGAUUACGUACAAUCGAAGGUCCGAAGGGUCUUGGACAAGGUGACUCAUUAGGUCCAUAUACCGUUGAAGCAGUUGAUGCUGAAAUUAAAAGAAUUCUAAGCGAAAGUUAUGAGCGAGCAAAAGCUAUACUAAAAAAACAUGCAAAAGAACACAAGGCACUUGCAGAAGCUUUAUUAAAAUAUGAGACUUUAGAUGCAGAAGAUAUAAAAGCUAUCAUGAAUGGAUCACAGUAACAAGAUACGAUGUACAUUUUAUAUAAGUUAGAGAUAGUAAUAACAAUAUUUUCUAUGUUUAUUGUUGAUUUUGUAUAUACAAUUACAUUUUGGCUUGAAAACGUUCGAGAGGCAAAAUUCGCACACGUUUGCUUAGUUCAUUAAAGUUAGACUUUUUAAUUUGAUACAUUUAUGAAAAUGUUGUGAAUAUGAAAAAAAAAAAAAAUAAUAAUAAAAAUUGUGGGCAUCUGAAACUAGUUCAACUGUAAUGCCAGAAGGCGUCUGGAGCUUAAGAAUCAGAGAUGGCAGUAUUUUAUUGAUAUGAGUUAGUCAAUUAUAUGCCCUUUGUCUAGACAAAAUAACAGAUUGAAUUAAUAAAUUAUCAAAACAAAAAUUAUUUUAAAAGAAGAUUCAAAAUUUA